AUGGCUGCUGCUGCUGCUGCUGUGGUCCGCCGCACAGCCUGCGGCGUCCGCUACUCUCUCAGCGCUGGCGCCACGAGCAGCCCGCUCCUCGCGCUGGUGCACGGCGCUCCAGGCUCCUCUCGCGACUUCCGCCAUCUGACAGACGCGAUCGAGCGGCUCGGCGCACCGCUUCGCACCCUUUCCGUCGACCUUCCCGGCCACGGAGAGAGCCCGCCCUUCCCCGACGGCCGCGAGCCCACGCAGCCAGAGAUGGCCUCGGCGCUGUGGCGUGCGGUCGAGGCCGCCACCGCCGACCUCUCGCCUCCUCCUCCCGUCCUGCUUCUCGGGCACAGCAUCGGCGGCCACACCGUCCUCUCUGCCGCGGCGCGGCGUCCCGUGGCGGGCGUCGUCCUGCUCGCGCCAGUCAACGUGACGCCGCACCGCGCGCUCCUCAACGACACCGGCUUCCGGUGGAUCGUGCGUCCGCUCUGCCUCCUGCUCGGCCGGCCGCCGUGGAAAGCGGCGCUGGGCGGGCUGGCCGAGGCCUGGUUCAAGCGCGUGCUGGGCUUCCCGAGAGGCGUGAGCCGCGCCGAGCUCGAGUGGGUGCACCGGCGCGUCGCGUGGCUCGACUUUGCGGCGGCGGAGGCGGACGCGAGGGCGCUGCGCGCGCCGGUGCUGCACGCCUUUGCUCGCGAUGACGCGCUGAUCCAGCCAGGCAAGGCGAUGGAGCUGCGGCGGGUGCUCGACGCGUGCGCGGCGAGGGAUGGGCCGAGGCUCGACUGGCCGAGCGGCGGGCACAAUGUGCAGAAGACGAGGGCGCAGGAGCUCGCGACGGCGCUGACGGAGUGGGUUGCGAGGGUCGCCGCCGCGGGGGAGAGGACGAGCGCGAGUGCGAGUUGA